AUGCGCUUUCCCAUCACCUGGCUGAGCGGCCUGGCCGCCCUUCCAGUGGUUUUGGCUUCUUGGCCUAUGUUCUACAAUACCGCAGAACUCGAGGUUACUCCCCCUUUCACAAACCAGGAGCCUGAUGUUCAUGUUGAGACACUCUUUCAAUUCCCUAACAACGGCUCAUGGAUCGACAACCUGGUCGUCAGAUCAGAUGGCAACCUGCUUUUGACGCGCUUGGAUACUCCCGAGGUCUGGCUGGUCAACACCACUAGCGGAAAUGCGACCCUCGUCUACUCAUUCCCCAACGUCACGAGCUGCUUCGGAAUCAGUGAAAUUGAAAACGAUGUCUUCGCGGUUAUCGUGGGCAAUUUCUCCACCAAAACCUUCCAGCCUGCUGCGGGCUCAUUCUCUCUUCAAAAGUUGGACUUCACCAAUAUCCCAUCCAGCGCCGAAGAGCGGCAGUCUGAAAAUCCAUCGGCCUCCGAGAUCGCCGCCUUGCCAGAGACUGUCGCUCCAAAUGGAAUGGCCACUUUCUCGAGAGCGUCCAACUUAGUGUUGAUUGCCGAUAGCCCCAAAGGAGUCAUCUGGAAGGUCAACACCAAGACUGGAGACUAUACAGUCGCUCUGAACGAUACUACCAUGCUUCCGGCAAAGGGCCAGAGCCUACCCCUAGGAGUCAACAGUCUGACGGUGCUCGACGAUUAUGUCCACUAUACCAGCACGACUCAGAUGAAGUAUUGUCGGGUCAAGGUGGACUUAGACGCUAAUCCAAUCGGAGACUUUGAAGUCGUCGCUAGUGGGUUCUUGCCUGACAACAUCGAGGUUACUGAGGACGGUACUGCGUAUAUUCCCACAGGCCCCCAAAACUCGGUCGUGCGGAUCACUCCUCUGGGCCAAAUCGCACUCGUGGCGGGCGGCCAAAUCUCGACCGAAAUGCCAGGCCCAAGCUCGAUUCGCCUGAGCAAAGGCCGACAGUCACUUUAUGUUGGCACCAGUGGUGGUCAAAUUGCGCCUGUAUUGGGCACAUUCGUCGAGCCUGCCAAGGUUCUCAUAAUCACUUUGGGGGGUAAGGGUUGGCGAUAG